CUGCCCUCCCGCACCUGCCCAGCCGGGAAGCACCUGCUCUGUCCCCCAUCCCCGGAGGAGCGCGUGCGGCCAGGCCGUCUCCACAGACAGUCAGACGUGGUGGCGGGCGACUGUGCAGUUUGGAAACUCUCCACCGAGUCUGUGAUGCUCUGCCCCUCGGGCGUGGUCAGCUUCCAGCCUGGGAGACGCAUGGGCACCACGUGGCUUCGAGGCUCCUGUGAUGGGGUGGGGGGAGCCGCCCCAGGUGACCCCGAGCCCGGAGUCCUGCUCCGGUUGCAGGUUUGUGAGCCACGCAACCAGGGGGCAGUAGGAAAGCAGAGUCCGAGAGAUUGCGUCACGUGGGCAGCUCUGUCGUGAAUUCCAUGCUGACAGCCCACCUUGGAGACGGAGUGAGGAGGCCCAGCCCUCCUGGAGGCCCUCAGGUGAGGUGAGGUCCCCGACGGGAAAGCACCCUGUGACGACGAGCCAUCGCGGUUCUGCAGGUAAUCUGUGGAUGAUGCCGCCGCCCGGGUGCCAGCCUCACUGUCCCUAAGCUUUGAGGCAUUUUAAAAACACGAGAAAUAGACGUACAGUAAAGGAAGGUCCACAGGACACAGGGAAGGGGCAGGUUCUCUUUAAGGGAUCCGGGCUGAGACAUAGACGUACAGUAAAGGAAGGUCCACAGGACACAGGGAAGGGGCAGGUUCUCUUUAAGAGAUCCGGGCUGAGAAAUAGACGUACAGUAAAGGAAGGUCCACAGGACACAGGGAAGGGGCAGGUUCUCCUUAAGGGAUCCGGGUUGACUGAUCAAGAACAUAGCUCUGGGUUUCCUGGCAGCCAAAUCGAAAAGGGAAACGUGGUGGUACCGGGUCCUCAUCUGCUGUUAAUGGGAAACGGCCCAGGAGAGCCAGGCGCUCCCCUUGUGCACAGAGGCUCUUGGACACCGACUUAGGCGGCUCCCGUAGGGUGUGCAGUGCCGUCCUCUGCGGCGUCCCCCCGGCAGAAGGCGCAGGGGAGGUGAUGCAUCGCUUGGUGUGGGACCAAGCUCAGGGUGCAGGCGGUUCCUGGGGUCCCUGUGUGGUCACAGGUGGCACUCUGAUGGCCCCAGGGGUCAAUUGAUGUGGAGGGACUGAGCCUGGUGGCUGCACAAGGGUAGUAGGCUCGCCGGCCGCCUUGUCCGUCCGUGGGCUGAGGAGCAUCUCCCUGAGGGGGCAGGUGGAGCUCCCCCACCUGUUGUGGGGGGCGUCCCAGGCGUCCGUCAGGUCAGCGGCCACGGCACCCCGAGGGAUCAGGAUGGAGCUGGCGGGGCUUUUUCUGAGGUGCGGCCAGGCUCACUGGCCUGUCAAAGCCUCAGCCCCCCGCACCCUGGCCCUCCGAGGAAGCCACCGCCACGGAGCCAGUAGUUGUAAGGUUAUGGCUGAGAAGCAGGUGUUUCCUGUUGGCCUCGCCUGUGGGAUGUGGGGACUCAGCUGCUUCUGCACCCCAGGAGGUUCACGUCCACUUUGGGUAAACUGGUGUUGAGUGUGUCCCGUCGGUCCUGUAAGGAUACAGUGACCAGCCAGAGUGUCCCUGCACGGCGGGAAGGAAGCUGGGAUGGAGGGGCCUCGGGAAGUUAGACGCCCGAGCCGGGACCCCUGCCCCCAGUGUGCUCUCCCCCACCACGGGUUUGCCCUGCGAGGUGGGUGGCGGCCACGCAACACUGCUGGGUUCUGGACUCACAGAAGAACGUCUCCAGUCAAAGCCCCCGCAGGCCCGGGAGCUGAGACCGCAGCCUGUAUGUCUGUUCUGGAGGGUUCGCUUGUGCUUUAGGGCUGAUGCGGGGUGGCCAGGGGCCAACCCUGGAACCAAAGGCAGAUCUGGACCAAGAGCCACCCGCCGGCCCCCAGAGGUUCCCCCUCAAGAGGCUGGGGCACUGCAGCCUUAGGAACAGACUGUCCAGGGACUGACCAACCCACGUGAGCCCAGUCCUCACGUCCAGCCCACCUGCCCCCUCCUGACCCACGAUGCCCGGGGGCCCUUGAUGGACGUCUGCCCGCGGACGCUUCUCCCAAAAGCCGCACAGCCAGCGAGAAACAGGAUCUAAAGCUUGGCGUGUCCGACGAAGGGUGAGCAGUUAAGAGGUGCUUCAUCCGUAAGAUGGGCCGUGGCUGAGCCUUUAGAAGGGAGGGAACGGGCGCAUCGCGACGAGCCUUGAGGACAUGAUGCUCAGUGAAGUAAACCCUUACAGAAGGACAAACACUGUGUGAUUCCACUCUGCGGGUCCCUGGAGAGACAGAACGUAGGCGGUGGGGCCCAGGGCUGGGGGAGGGGGAGGGGAGCUGGUGUUUAAUGGGACAGAGUCUCAGUUUGGAAAGACGAGAACGUUCUGUGUGUGGGUGGUGGUGACGGUUGCUCAACAGCGUGAACGAGCGAGAUGUUCCUGAACUGGACACUGAGAAGUGGGUAGGAUGGUAAAUUGUAUGUUCUCUCUGUUUUACCACAGUAAGAAAAAUACUUUAAAAAAUGAAACAGGGCUUCCCUGGUGGCACAGUGGUUGAGAGUCCGCCUGCCGAUGCAGGGGACGCGGGUUCGUGCCCCGGUCCGGGAAGAUCCCACAUGCCGCGGAGCGGCUGGGCCCGUGAGCCAUGGCCGCUGAGCCUGCGCGUCCGGAGCCUGUGCUCCGCAGCGGGAGAGGCCGCAACAGUGAGAGGCCCGCAUACCGCAAAAAAAAAGAAAGAAACAAAACCAACAAAACCAACUAGAAUGUGAGAUGACUGACCUGUCAGCUCCCACCCAGGGGUCGAUCUGCACACUGGGUAGGGGGGAGGGCUUCUGCCUUUCGGCAGGGGUCGGGGGCAGCCCCAGGGGCCAGGCAGAUGUCCACUGUCCCCAGUUCCUAGUCCCACCUCCCUCGCUGAGGAGCUGAAGAAGCUUUCAGACUGUCUGAGUCCGGCAGGCGGGUCCAGGGGUUGGUUUCGUGGGUCAGACGACAGACGUCAAACUUGGCAAAACGUGCUGCGUUCGUGUCGACAUAAAGCAGGGGGAAGGGAUCGGUUUCCCCAGAGGCCAGGUGCUCUCGGCUCUCCUGGGCCCCAGCCAGCUGGUCCGGCUCUGGCCAUUUCAAGGCGGGGGCAAGGGGAGCCUGAGAAUGGAGGCCUGGGUCCCCUGCCGAGAGAGGGUGGGGCCCAAGCCCUGGACUGGGGGGGGACGAGGGUCUCGCUCACACCAGCCCUCUGCCCAGUGCCCCACAGAUGCGCAUCUGGACUGGGGUGACUGCCCCCUGGGGUGUGAGGCGGAGAUGCUCUGGGGCAGGUGACGAGCAGCCCACCGCCUGAGGGCGCCGAGCCCCCGCCUGACGUCCCAGGCGCGUCCCCCCAGUGAAGCCCCAUCCUCGCCAGAGCCUCGGCCCAGAAACAGGGUUCCCCAACUCCCAACGCCAUGCACGGACACCCCGGGGUCACCGUUGUUCGCAGCUGUGUCUCUGCCGCCGGCGCCCCGCCCCCUCAGCUGCGUUCGAGCCGCCGAGGCCACCUGUGGGGCCGGGCUGCCCCGAGCAGCAGCGCGUUUGUAUUUUUAUUUAUUUAUUUUUUAAAAGUUUAUUUUAUUUAUUUUUGGCUGUGUUGGGUCUCCGUUGCUGCGCGCAGGCUGUCUCUAGUUGCGGCGAGCGGGGGCUGCUCUUCGUCGCGGUGCGCGGGCUUCUCAUUGGGUGGCUUCUCUUGUUGGGGAGCACAGGCUCUAGAGCGCAGGCUCAGUAGCUGUGGCGCAUGGGCCUAGUUGCUCUCUGGCGCGUGGGGUCUUCCCGGACCAGGGCUCGAACCCGCGUGCCCUGCCUUGGCAGGCGGACUCUCAACCACUGCGCCAGCAGGGAAGUCCGAGCGGCACAUUUUUAAAUCCUUUUCUGCCAGGAUCUACCCCUUCCAACCCAGCAGGACGGCUUUUCAAAUUUGUUUUUGGCAAAUUAAAAUAACUGCCGUAAACCGUCAACUAACCAACCAGGUUCUUUUGAGAAAACUUAACAUCACCUUUGAAAGUGGUUCAUCUUGUCACCUAUUCUUGUAAGUUAGAAAAUAAGCGCCUUAGCUUCUGGGUCCCGCACCUGGGCCCAGUGGGAUGUCCCGGGAGGUGCCGCGGCCACGGUUCCUGCUCUGGGUCCACGGCAGGGAGCAGGGGUCUUGCGAUGGCGAUGCUAGCAUUUUCCCUCCUUACAGCCGUACCCACCUCAUCCCACCAGGGCCCGCUGCCAGGAAGCUGAGUCUCUUCCCACAGCAGCUUUGGGCCAGUUCUGUGGCCUCCGGAACAUUCUGCCCCCACCCUGCAGAAUGAAGCUUGGUACCUCGGCUGUGCCCUGGGUGAGGCGGGCUCCCUGCGCCCCGCGUUCAACGCCAGGUGUUCCAAACCGACAAGAAGAGAAGGACAGUGAACCCUCGCUGCCCUGCCCCCAGCCCCCUCCAGGGAUGUGGGGACCACCCUCCCCUUCCCGGGCCCACUGUGACGUAUGGUGGCCACAGCCCUGCCCUUCACUAUUAGGAAGCUUCCCCUCCCCACACCCCACCCCCUGCCCCAAGAUCUGCGUGCUGACUGGUGCGUCCUGGGUCGUUCCAUGUGAAGCCCCUGGAGGGUCACAGGGUGGCUGGCACUGGAAGCCCUGGGCCUCGCUCUCCCAGCCCACCCUGCUCACCAGUUCACAUCCCAAGGGUAGCCUCCCCACGUGGUCACUGCGACUUAGCGCGGUCCCAGGCUUUUCAAUUUGCACUCAUCUGACACUCCCCAGUGUCGGCUCUCCUCCAGGAAGGCCCUCUGGUGCCCAGCUGGGAACAGAGGCUUUUCCUGUGUGCCCCGAGCCCUGUGCCUCCCUCUGGUCCAGGCGGCAAGCUCCGAGCUCCAGGAGGGUGGAAGCCACGGCUUGUUUGCCCCCGUCCAGCUCACGGACAAGGUGUUGGGAAGGCAUCGGUGUGAUCUCAGCACCUUGUGCAGAAUCCGCCAGCAUCGCUAGCCUCCUGCCACGUCCCGGGCCCGGCCCUCCACCCACCGCCAGCUGGCCCCUCUGUGCUCUUCCUCGGAGAGGUGACCUCCACGCAGACACAAGGAGCCGGUUCAUGGGGAGGGUCUGGGGGCAGAUGUGGAAGAGGAGUGGGGGGUCAGAGUGGACCAGAGAAGAGGCUUGUGGAGGCGGCCUCCCUGCAAACUCCUACUCAUCCUUCCCACCUGAGCCCCGCCGUCGCCCUCUGGGUGGCUGCUGCCCCUCAACUAGCUUGUCUUCUGCUAAGGGCGUCUCUGUGGCGGCCCCAGGGCUCAGGGGCCUGGCUCCAGGGGCAGAGUGCUGCCUGAGCACGGUGCCCAGGACCCCUGAGAACGGGGUGGGGUCUGCAGGAAACCCGCUGGACCUGGGGCAGGGCCGGGCACGGCACAGAGCAAGCGGGAACGCUGGUCUGAGGCUGGCCUCUGGGUGGACGUCAUCCCGGGGCCCAGCAGCCCCUGCCAUCUGCCUGCAUCCCCAGCUGCAGGUGGGUGGCACCUCUGUGCCUGGCAGGUGUUAUCUGGCGACACUGGCCCUGCUGGGGAACCAGAUGGGGACAGUGUGGAGGGGGAUGCAGGAGGGAGCAGCGGGGAGCUGCGGGGAGGCCUGUGAGGAUCUGCUGCACCCGUGGGGGGGGCGCCCUGGAGGGUCUGCAGGGGGCCCAGGUGCAGACAGGCAGCAGCGAUGUCCUAGGGUGUAGGGAUGGAGGGAGGAGGGAACCCAGCUCUGCCCUGUGGUGUAGGGCCUGGGAGAGGCAGAACGGGGUCAGGCCUGGGUGGGGCUCUCAGGCCGGGGUUGGGAUACGCAGCCUGUGGUGGCCACAGCAGAGAGCCCAGUGGGGGGAGCCAUCCGUCCUUCCGUCCUGUCUCCAUCACCUGCCGAGCACCCCAAGCUGGGAGUGACUCAGACCCUCCCCGGCCCUGGGACUUUGUCCCAUAGUCAGGCCAGGCCUCUCGUGGUCAGCGCCCCUGCAGCCUGGGCACCGCACACAGGGCCUGGGCCUGCGGCCGCGUGGUGAAGGCCAGGGCAGGCAUGGUGCCCAGGGUGGCGGCGCUGAGGCCGGGUGGGGGCAGCAGGCGGUACCUCUGCAGGAGACCCGAGAACAGCAGGAAGAGCUGCGACCGGGCUAGGCUCUCCCCGACGCAGACGCGGCAGCCUGCAGGGGACGCAGGGUGCGGCGUGGGUGCCGGAGGCCGUGGCGGGGCGGGGGGAGCCCUGCGGGCUUGGGACCCUGAGCUCUCGAGGCCCCGGGGACCAGGCCGCCGCCCGCGGGGCUGUGGUACCUGCAGAAAAAGGCAGGAAAGCCGCCCGCUUCACGAAGCGCCCGUCGGCGUCCAGAAGUGGCCCGGGUUGAACUGGCGGGGGGGUCUCCCACUGCGUCUUGUCCAGGAGCACGGAGCUCGGGAGGGGCACCACAGGCGUUCCCUGUGAGGGGCGGCAGGUGGGCAGACGGACGCCCCGUCCACCUAGGCGGCCCCAGGCGGGGAGCACAGG